AUGCAACAGACUUUUUUUUCUCAUACAAAAGCUACAGAUCCGUCAGUAAAUCAUUCACCCCUCUCUUCCCCCUCUCCACCAUCCUCGAAAAUCUAUGCCUCUUCCCGAACGCGUUGGAUCCUCCCAACCUGGCAAAAGAAUUGGAAAUACUACUUCAACGACAACUUCGACGCCAACGGCCGCAAAGCCUUCGAGGCGCAUAACAGCCACAUCAAGGACAUUGUGCCGGCUGAGAACCUCCUCGUCUAUCAUGUCAAGGAUGGGUGGGAGCCGCUGUGCGAGUUCCUGGGCAAGAGCGUUCCCUUGGAUGGGAAAUGGACAUGUGGUGCCUUUCCCGAGGGGGAAAUGAUCCGGGGACCUUCCGGAAUAGGUUCCGGGAUGCUAUUUGGUAUAAUUUCCUUGGAGUUGGGGGAGAGGGUGCUUAGGGUUGUUGUGGUUUUGUAUUUUAUUUUGGGUAUUUGUGGGUGGGGUGGAUUUGGGGGUGGAUGGUACCUAAGGUCAUGAUAUGUCUAGGUUGAGUUUUGGUUUUGGUUGUGUAGGAGAUGGAGUCGGUGGAGG